UUUUAUUCACCCUUCUCCCAUCCUCUACCCCAUUUCGAUGGCCUGCCUGUUUUCGAGGUCGUGCCCUAUUUUGGGAAUUUUUGUAUCAAUGUUCAGCUAGGUUUUCGCUGAUUUCAAAUUGGCCCCCAAUUUUCUCUUCUCUAAGCUCCACCCCCAAAAAAUUCCACCUUCUUGAUCUCAUUUCCUUUACUGUAAUGGCGAAGAAACCCAAAAAUCCUCUUAAAGAUGCGGAUCAAGAUAACGGUUCCAGACCAAACGAGACUUCGAAUUCCUCUACGAUUUUCAAGGCCCUGUUUGGCGAAAUCCCUGAACAGAUUUUGACUUCUGAUUCUAUCUUCUCCGAGAGCAAUCCGUUCCGUAGAGAAUUGCUGGAAAAGAAGCAGAAGGGAGAAUCUCGAUUAGGAGUUUCAGGAGAAGAUGGCGAGAACGAGGGUAAUUUGGGGAAGCCCGACAUUUCUGAGAUGCCGCCGAAGAUUAAACGAAAGAAAGAUAAAGUUAAGAAGGAAAGUUCGGAUCUUGAGAAAGAAUUAGUUGAGGAGAAGAGUAAGAAAUCGAAGAGGGACGGAUUGAAGGUUGAUGCAAAGAGUAGCAACAACAAUUUGAGUUACGAGUUAAAAGAGUCUCUGGAAAAUGAUGCUGGACGUGCUCCAGGAGACGGUGAAAGUGGAAAUUUUGGUGUUAAGAGUGAUAAGAAGAAAAAGAAGAGGAAGAGAGAUGAGGUGGAGACAGAGUACGAGGCUAGGAGAUAUGGAGUAGCUGAUACGAUGAAUGAAGCGAAGGGGGAAAGUGGUGUGUUGGGGGAGAAGAGGAAGAAAAUGGAUAAUCCGGAGGAUAUGAUGGUGUCAAAAGAAGGUUUUGAUGAUGAGAGCAAGCUGUUAAGGACUGUAUUUGUUGGGAACUUACCUCUGAAGUUGAAGAAAAAGGAAAUAGCAAAGGAGUUUGCCAAGUUUGGUGAAGUUGAAUCUGUUAGGAUUCGGUCUGUCCCCCUUGCUGAUGGCAAAAUACCGAGGAAAGGUGCUGUUAUCAAGAAGAGAAUCAAUGAAAAUGGAGACAGUGUUCAUGCUUAUGUUGUUUUCAAAACUGAGGAGUCUGCUCAAGCAUCACUAGCUCAUAAUAUGGCUGUCGUUGGUGGAAAUCAUAUCCGUGUUGACAGAGCUUGUCCACCACGCAAGAAGUUGAAGGGAGAUGACACUCCCUUGUACGACAAUAAGAGGACAGUUUUUGUGGGAAACCUUCCCUUUGAUGUGAAGGAUGAAGAGAUUUAUAAGCUUUUUAGUGGUAUUAAAAAUCUCGAGACUAGCAUUGAAGCUGUUCGGGUUAUUAGAGACCCUGGAUCCAGCUUGGGAAAAGGCAUUGCAUAUGUGUUGUUCAAAACCACGGGACAUAGCCACAUGCUUGAUAUGGCCAUGGACUCUCAUGAUGCUGCAAACUUGAUAGUCAAGAAACGUAACUUGAAGCUGCGGGACCGUGAGCUUCGUCUGAGUCAUGCCAAGUCAACAACAAGCAACACUUCUUUGAAGAGAAAAUCCCCUUUACAGCCACUGACUAAAAACACUCGUCCAGCAAAGAAGUUUGCAUCUGUUCCCACAACUCCGGAUAGCUGCAAGGCAAGCUUAUCCUAUCAAGGCCUGCGUGCAAGCAAAUCGGGUUCUCAAAAGAAGAAAGUCCUCCCAAAGGUUAUUAAUUCGCAUGGAAAAUCGAAAACUCGACCAGACUCGGACCAGAGUUCUGUGAAGAAGAAGAAAAGACCAGCUGUGGCUGCUCGUAAGCAGAAAGCCUUAAAGGCUGCUGCUAAUGCUUCUUCCCAAGUAGUGGGAACAAAGAGGAAGAUUGGUAAACAAACGCCUGCUAGUGGUGGACAAAAGAAGAAAGCGAGGAAGUUUAGGUGCAAAUCAAAAUUUGAGCGAGAAACCAAUAUAGUUCAGGGGAAAGCUUUAUUAAUUUCGUUCAUCUGUUCUGAUAUUUUUCUGUCGAGAAGAAUGGAGAACGAGGGUGCGGCGAAUGGCGGAGUAAGGAAUAGGGAAAAAUCAGGGAAGUUUCCGUUGACGGCGUGGGAGGUCACGGUGGCGAGCGGCGUCGUGUUGGGGUUUUCGUUUGGGUUGGUAGGGCUGUACCUGACGAUGCCGGCAUCUGAUUACAGCUUCCUCAAGCUUCCUCGUUCUCUGCAAGAUCUUCAAAUUCUCAGGGAUAACCUGGAGAGCUAUACAAGUGAUUACACUGUACAAGUUCUGGUGGGAUACUGUUUGGUGUACAUUUUCAUGCAGACUUUUAUGAUCCCAGGAACAGUUUUCAUGUCCUUACUUGCUGGAGCCCUUUUCGGGAUCUUUAAAGGUGUGGCUCUGGUUGUGUUCACAGCAACAGCAGGUGCAUCUUCUUGCUUCUUCUUAUCCAAGAUAGUUGGUCGACCACUCGUCUUCUCUCUCUGGCCUGAAAAGUUAGCUUUCUUUCAGUCCCAGGUGGCUAAAAGACGCGAACGGCUAUUGAAUUACAUGCUUUUCCUUAGGGUAACCCCAACUUUGCCAAAUACAUUUCUAAAUGUUGCAUCACCAAUUGUAGAUGUUCCUUACCAUAUCUUCUUCUUGGCCACCUUCAUUGGGAUAAUUCCUGCUGCAUACGUGACUGUCAGGGCAGGAAUAACUCUUGGCGAGUUGCAAUCGGUUGGUGAUCUGUAUGACUUUCAGUCCAUAGCAACUCUGUUUCUCAUAGGUGUCGUAACUGUUACUCCCACACUGAUGGGGAAGGGGAAGGGGAAGUCGUUUCUUAGCCAGCAUUCUGUAAUUGCCCUAAAGAUUAAUAUGUACCGAUGCUUUCUGUGGAGAAGGGUCAUUGCAUUCAAACUUUAUUAUAUUGUUCAAGUUGUUGGUCUUAAUAUCUGCCUCAUUCUUAAGUUGUUGGAUCAAGUGGAAUGUGAACAUUCUGAAGGCAAAGUAAUUGACUUCCACAAAUCAUUGCUUGAUCUCUGGCGAAUGAUGGGAAUUGUUUUCAUGCUGCAAUCUAUGCUGAUUUUCCCUAAUCAUGAUAUAAGAAGGGCAAAUUGCAACAGUUAG